UGUAUUAGAGUUCCCCCUUUUCCCUCGCCGGGCCCUAUUCUACCGUCCCCUCGGGCUGCUCCGCCUGCUUUUGCUGCCCCCGCUGUUCCUGCCGGUUCCGAUGCCCCUGCUGCCCCAGUUCCUGCUCAUCCUGCUGCUCCCGCAGAGCCAGAUGUGAAGGAUCGCAUCAGGAUGUUUCGCCAGAAUCGUGCGGCUAUGCGGAACAGGUAUGCUGGACCCCGCCGACCCGUCAUCCGGCCUGGGGGUAAUGUUGGGAGGUAUGAGCCUUUCCCACAACCCCACGUCAACAACCCGUUCGCCAUCCAAUUUGGAUCUCCCUGGGUUGCGGGUGUCCCUGUCCAGGCUCAGGCUCAGGCUGCUCAGCCUGCCCCCCAGCCCGAUCAGAACGACGGAGGCCACGCUCACAAUAACGAGACAGGUGCGCAGGGGUCGCAAUUUCCGGAGAGGUUUGCGGCCGGGGACGCGGGUUUCGCAAUCCCGAACCUUCAAGGCUUCGCAAAACCGGAAAUCCAGGAUGCCGCCAUCCCAAAAAUGGAUCAACCGUUUCCUUUCCCUCCAGGGUGGUGAUGACGAUAACAUCUUCGGCUUUUCUCUACCCCUCGUUUCUUCGUCCAUUUUUGGGAUUCUCUUUUUCACAGUUUUAGCAUCGAGCGUAGGACAUCAUACUCAUGUAUUUGGGGGGGCCGGGGGGACAUUUCUCCAUCUAUUUAUCGCUAACGAACCCAGGCACCGGACGGCGGACAAGAAUAGGAUGAAUAUACGGGCAAGUUACUUAACCGGGAGACGGCACCUAUCUCUUUGGUCUUCUUAUGGCCAGGAGGCACGGGCAGACACGACAUAGGGGUUCUUGGGCUGGCGCGGGUGCCCUGGUCUGGUACGAGGCAGAGAAGCGUGCAUUUUAUAUCAUGAAAUUCAUCUUUGGACGGGGCGGAGGUGCCGCCUGGUGUGGGGAUGGGACUGGCCGGGGCACCUAGCGGCGUUUUUGCUUUCAUAAGCCUGCCUAGGUAGGUAGGUGAACUGGGAGGGGGCAGCAUAACUCUUCUAGCGCAGCUCUGAAUCGACGUGGUCUCACACGUGAAGCAUAUGCCUCGUCCGCCGUUCUCU